AUGGUCUCUUUAUUAUCAUUAUUCCAAUCCAAAAAGAAAGGCAAGAAAGUGAAAUCUCGGUCCCCAUCUCCAUCUCCCUCUCCAUCUCCCAUUGCACCCAGCUCCAAUGGAAAAGGAAGUACAAGAUCUCAAGGUGGUUCAAGUAGACCUAGUAGGUUUCUAUCGUUGAGACAUAAAUCAACCUCGUCUUCUUCAAAACCACAUGAAUAUUCGAAGAGAAGAACGAGCGGUGAGAUAUCUCGUAAGAAAUCAUCGAUCAAAUCCAAUCAAUUUCAAGACCAAGGUCAGACCAAGACCAAAAUACAGCCAGACUUCAUACCGAAACUGGAUUUAGGCUUUGAUAUUGGAAGCGAAAGGAAAAACGAUGAAUUCGGUAUUCACACUGCAGGAGAAAUAAUAGCUUUGAACGAAGAAGAAAAGGAUGUAUUGACUAAAAUUCAAUUGACUGUGGAUGAGGUAAAAUCAGCCUGGGAGGUUAUUGGAAAAAGUUUGAGAGAGUCAGAUCUCCAUACAUUCGGAUUGAUGUUUCCACUUCAACACGAUACCGAUCUUGAUACACAACGUUACAUCUUUGCUUUAUUUGCACUAUCAAAUAGACCAGAACUGUCAUCGAAACUUCCAACUAUAUCUGCACAGUUCGCUCAGACAGCGUCAAACGCCGCAACUGAAUGGCGCGAAAGGUUAUCUUCCAUUUUGAAAGAUGUGAACAAUCCAACUGACCUAGCUGGAAUCCUCAAAAAUACUUUGCGUCACUUACGUCCUUCACUUACUCCCCCGGAACCCCUCAUAGACCUUUCAACAUAUACCACAUUCGUUCAAGCUGAGCAUGCUUCAUCAUAUCCUUUAGACGUUUAUCACACUUUGCUUCUACCGAAUCUCAAGACUGGCACAGCCGAUUUCUUGAACGAGCUAUUCGAAGUUUGGUCGGUCAUUGUCGCUCAUGCUGAGGAGAAUACGAUGACUCCAGGUCGUCUAGCCUACUUAUUGGGAUUUUGGUCAUGCGGAUUAGGAAUUGAGAAAUACGAGAAUUGGCGAGAACUGUACAAGAAUUGGAAAAUAGCAGGAGCAAGAAUGGAACAUCUGCUAUAUGCCUGGAUCAGAUAUCAAUCUGUCACAACCCAAAUUCCGACUCGCCUAUUGGAGCUAGUCGAUAAAUACCCUUUCGGAGAAGCAUCCGCUUCUUCGAAGGUUCCACCCAGCCCUCCGCCAUCUUCAUUCCCUCGUCAUACGUUACACCUAAGUUUAACCUCGUCUACACCGCUUUCGGAGAUACUCUCGAAACCUGGAGAGAUUCUGCAAGCUUCCCUCUCCGCCAAAAUGGCCCAAGAUGCAUCGCUCCCACUCUGGUCUUCGAUAUCGACCGAAAAGGUAGAUUUAUCGGAUCUAGUAGCGGAGGAUUCACUCAAAUUUCUCAAGACGAUAACUCGAGACACAGACCUGCCCUCGAACAAUCCAAAAAUAAUUGAGAAUAAGACACCUAGUCCGCCGGUUCACGAACCACUUUAUCGCCCAUUUUCGACCAUCUCAGCUGGUAGUACAUCGCGUAUUCGUCAUCACUCUCAUAGUGGUGGUAUACCCUCUCCGACCGACCAUAUCACCUCAUCACCGACGUUACCAAAUUUCUUAUCAUACGAGCCUAUGAAGCAAGAAGGUGAUUCUCCCAAAUCAGUCAAGAAACAGGCUUCUCUUGGUGUAUUACCUCAAGGCGGUGGUUCAGCGUGGGACGAUUUCCAGAAAACUGGAUUCGGUGAUUCGCCCAAGACAUUCAGUGAACUCGCGCUAGCCUUUUCGCCCAAAUCGACUGCAUCCACUAGUCCGAAAACGCCCGACGUCCGAUCGGAAGUCAAUGGUACACGACCUGUUAUGAAGAAACGAACCACUUUCAACGACUCGAAAGUCCCUACACCGGUGUACAGUAUCACAGAAGAGGAAGUCAUCGAGAUUGAUGACUUAUUCAUGGCGUUUGCCGAAGAUGCCCAGCUAGACCCUACAAGUGUGGCUCUUUGGCCACCUUUCUCCCUUGUUCGACUUGCCUCUCCCCUUUCUUCUUUCGAGUCAAACAAGAAAAUCGAAUGGCUUCUAGUCACUGUCACACACAAAGCUGCACCACCUCCUGAAUUCAGAUACUCCCCUGAAUUUGAUCACACCCGACCUACUUCUCCUUCUUCCUCCAAGCCUGGUACACCUCGUGGCUUUAGGGGUAUAACAGAAUCUUUUAAACGAUCUACCUCUUUUCAAUCGGGUAUGGCCCUCCGAAAAUCAUUUUUCGGCAAUUCGUCAUUUACACUAUCUAGACAUACCUCAGAUGAGCUUAGCCCCUUACCAGAAAGUGAAACCAGCAAUGCACAUGCUCUCAAGGCACCUCUUUCCGCUCAGAGUCUCACUCCUACUGAGUAUACGAUCACGGAAAUGGGAGAAAUGAUCAAAAUCCCUUCUGCCAGCGAUAAGGUACCUCUGAUACCUCUCGAUCCAACGCCUGAGAUUUCAGAGGCGACAAUAGAUGAUCCGGCCAGAGAUCCAGUUGUUAUCACCAUGAAGACUCCUCAUCGGGAGACUACGAUAUCUUCUGGACCUUCUGCUGAUAGCUUAUAUGAAGACUGGCAAUACUUCAGCGAAGGUGCUGAACAUAUCGUUUUCUCUUAUCGUGGAUCUUCACCUAAAUAUGUCGGGCAAGUAUUACGACUUCGAAAAUCUCAAUUCACGGUAGAUGCAUCUAGUGAUCCUGAAUAUAAACAAACGAGGGAAGAUUGGUCUUCUAAACUUCUCCCAAAGCUUUUACCAGAGAACUUACUUUUGCAUACAGAGCAUGUGAACAUCGCUCAGAAGUGGUUAGAAAAUCUACUUGAAGCUGCUGAGGAGCUUCGUCCCGUGAAAAGAAGAGCCGUUGGAGCUCUGACCGGCUUAGUGAAUGGUGAUGGACAUGGUAUGCUUGUUGAGGAUACGACCAUCAACGAAAAGGGAGACGGUCUUGUUAAUCUUGCGUUCGAAAUCAAGCCUAAAUGGGGGUUUCUACCUUCUUCAUCCGCGAUACAGCCUCGCGAAGUGGCCGAAAUCAAAUCUCACAAUUGUAGAUUUUGCAUGACCCGUCAUCGUGCGGGAUACGAUGUCACAUCAGAAGCGAGAUACUGUCCGUUGGAUCUAUAUUCAGGAGAUGGAGAAAGAAUAAAGCAAGCUAUCAAAGGUUUGUGGGGUAUAUGGGAAGAAAGUGGCGCUAAAGAAAACAAUUGGAGGAUAUUCGUCGAUAGUCAAUUUGUUAGUCCCGACAAGGUCACAUCCAUCCCAUCGUUCGGCGAUGGCGAAAAUUUGGUGGACGACGUCGCAGCGCUUGUGGCACCAAUCCUACUAUCUUCGAGAGUCUUUGUGGCCCUCAAGUCACUUCAAUCGACCCUCGACCCGACAGACAUCUCUGAUCUUGCGUCUCGUUUCUCAGACGCUUACCCAGAUAUGAAUCUAUUUGAUCCUUCUUUAAUCCCUUUCCCGACAUUUUCUGAACUCGAUCAAUUCGUCGACCUGUACUUGUCUUCGCCACAAAGUGGAAAAGGCGAUUCAUGGACUUUAAGAGAAAGAUUAAUCGCUUUUGCUUUAUCAGCAAUAUUCAAAGAUUGUUCGAUAUUUGUCAAGCUCACUCUACAGUCUUCGACAUCUUCUCACGAUGACAAAGAUGGCAAAGUCGAGUGGAAGCUGGUAGACGGAAGUGGUACAGUAAAAAUCAUCGAUUUAGAUCUGAAACCGAUCCAUAAUCUGAAGACCUGGAAAGAAAGGGAUGAUAAAAUAUGGAAAUAUUGGUUGGAACAUCCUCCUCAUCCCACGUCCCCAAUCGUGGCCCAAUGUGAAGGAAGAGAAGGGUUGAAAAAUGAAGAAAGUGAACACACAGUCAGCGGUGAAUCAGGAGAAAGAGUGGAACAAGAAAAAUCUGAUGACGGGAAGGAAGAACACAAUCAUUUAUUGGAUAUCCCACUGCAAUCCAAAAUAACAUCAGGAGUUCUUAAUUCAGAUGGAUCUUCAAUCCAAGCUUUACUCAUCGCUACGCCUGAUCAGACCAGAUCGAAUACACCCUUCCCUGUUCCUUCUGCAAAGCAUACACAUCCUAUCCAAGAUCAGGACGCUGACAUCACUGCCAGAAACGAUGAGUCAGAUGAACAGAAAAGCAUGCCUGAAUUCCUGGUUCGUGAAGUAGACGAGUCUAGGAGAGAAAAGAGAUCAUUAGCGCCAUCGCCAUCUCCAUCACUUCCUUCCACUGAAGAGCAAAAGGACAUCAAAGAUGAAUCCCCUGUGGGUAUCCUAGCUGCAGCCACUGCAGGUGUAGCAAGUCUCGUGAGCUUGGUCGUUGGGGAUACUAUCGCUUCCGAUCAGGAGGAGAAGCAUGGAUGGGAAGAAGAGAGUAAGUUCAAAAAGACUGAAACGCACGAGAACAAGGACGAGGAGGUAGAUCCUGCUUCGCAUCCAGAAAAAGAAGUGGGAAAUCCUGCUCCUGUUUGGACUGGACUUCAGUUAAACCAACCUCCUUCAACUGCGCGAGAAGAUAUGGCGACCCCUCUUAGUGAAGCAGAACAUUUCUAUACGCCAUUCGACACUCCCAUGAUGUCUAGAGUUCACACUUCUGAUCAAGCGACAUCAGUGAAAAAUAGGGAGACCAAUAACAUCUUGGAACCUGUUGAUUGCAAACGAGAAGUAUUAGCCGGAACGGUGGAAGACCACAAUGACGUGAAGAAUGACCAAGUAGGACAGACUGAUUUAGCUUCUAAUCCUGGAUCUCCCAAACAUCAAACCGGUUCACUAGUGGACGACACUGCUAUCAGACCGAGACAUCUCGAAGAAGAAUUCACCCAAAAAGCAGAUAAUAUCGUGCCAAAGCAGUCAACCUUGCUCCCUCUGCUUGGUCAUCCGAUCCACACUGAUCCUACUGAUGCUGGCUAUGCUUCAGGAGGUGACAAAUUUAUCUUUGAUAACAAUGACAUGACUGCUCAACCGAGAUCGUCCGCAGAAGGCAUCGAUCGCCUCAACCAUUUACAAAGCAACCUAUCGGAUUCCACUCCUAUUUCCGUCGAAGAAGAAGAAGAACGUUAUAUCCCUCAUCACGACUUAUCGACUAUAUCAGAAGACGGAGAAUCCUCACGACCUACUUCCACGUCUCUGUCACGGGGUGAUGCUGUUUCUAGAGCAAGUGAGAGAGGUGAACAGUGGGUGGAAGACGUCAUCGACUCGGAAGAGGAGACACCACAGGCAAUGUAUGAGCACUUGAGCGAAGUUGCAGUCAAAGCCAAUGAGAAUAGUGAGAAAGACCAAUACGCCUCAUCUCAGGAAGCGAAACAGUCAUAA